AUGGACGCUGACGCCCAGGCGCCGGAGGCACCGUCGUCGCCGCCGCCGCCCCGGUCCGCCCGGUCGAGGCCGUCGAGCUGGAGCAGCAGCGGCAGCUCCGAGUACACGAGCCUCCGGGACGUGCUCUCGGAGCUGGGCAACGGCGGCGGCGGCGGCAGCUCCUCCGACCUCCACGACUUCGACACCUCCAACAUCCCCAUCCGCAACCAGCUGCUCAAGCACGCCGCGUCCGCCUACCUCCAGUCCGCCAUCGUCGUCACGCCGCGCGAAAGGGGCUGCCUGAGCAGGGCCUGGCGCCGCCGCUGCCGCAUCCUGCUCCGGCCGUGCCCCGAGUGCGAGUGCGACGUGGACGUCGACCCCGUCCGCCGCUGCGCCGCGGCGUUGGCCGGCUCGGUGCGCCGCGUCCUUGCCUCCCUCUGCGGCUGCGUCGCCUGCGUGUGGACGUAG